AUGCGGCUCACCAUGCGCAGGGUGCUGCUGGUGCUGGGCUCCGUGGUCGCCCUGAUGGUGACUCUACACCUGGGCCAGCAGGUCCUGGAGUGCCAGCGGAUCCUGAAGGAGAGGAGGCACAGGCUGAUGAGACCCGAGAACGAGGAGCUGGUGAUGAUGGAUGCCAACCACGUGGAGUAUCGCUACAGCAAGGACAUGCCCCUGAUCUUCGUCGGCGGCGUCCCCCGCAGCGGCACCACGCUGAUGAGGGCCAUGCUGGACGCGCACCCCGAGGUGCGCUGCGGGGAGGAGACACGCAUCAUCCCCCGCGUGCUGGCCAUGCGCCAGGCCUGGUCCAAGUCCGGCCGGGAGAAGAUGCGCCUGGACGAGGCAGGAGUGACCGACCAGGUUCUGGAUGCUGCCAUGCAAGCCUUCAUCCUGGAAGUGAUCGCCAAGCACGGCGAGCCCGCCAGGUAUCUGUGCAACAAGGAUCCCUUCACGCUCAAGGGCCAAGUUUUCCCCAACUCCAAUUUCCUGCUGUUGGUGAGGGAUGGACGAGCUUCUGUCCACUCUAUGAUCACGAGGCAAGUGACAAUUGCAGGAUUUGAUCUGAACAGCUACCGGGACUGCCUGACCAAGUGGAACAAAGCCAUCGAGGUGAUGUACUCGCAGUGCCUGGAGGUCGGCCGGGCACGCUGCCUGCCUGUCUACUACGAGCAGCUGGUGCUGCACCCUGAGCAGUCCAUGCACAACAUCAUGAAGUUCCUGGACAUCUCCUGGAGUGACACAGUGCUGCACCACGAGGAGCUCAUCGGGAAGCCUGGCGGGGUGUCGCUCUCCAAGAUAGAAAGAUCAACAGACCAGGUGAUCAAGCCAGUGAACAUGGAGGCAUUAUCCAAGUGGAUUGGGCACAUCCCUGAGGAUGUGCUGCAGGACAUGGCUCACAUUGCCCCGAUGCUCGCCCGGCUUGGCUACGACCCCUACGCCAACCCACCCAACUAUGGCCACCCCGACCCCCUGGUUGUCAACAACACGCACAGAGUUUUAAAGGGGGACUAUAAAACACCGGCCAAUCUGAAAGGGUAUCUGCAGGUCACUCAGAACACAUCAUCUUCUCACUAA